AUUCGCACUAAAUGAAGAUCAUCCAAACGACGAUGAGGACAUACUUAGCCAUGAUAUAGAAGAUGAUUAUCAAUCUGAAGAGUUGUAUAGUUCUGAGUGUGAGUCAGACUCAGAUUCCGAAAUGAAGAAGAGUGUAGAAAGGAUUUUUCCUGACUUACAACCAAGAUUUGGCUCAUUCUAUUUCUGCUUUGAUGGUUGCAAGAGGGGCUUUCUAGGUGCGUGCAGACCUUUUAUUGCUGUUGAUGGGUGUCAUUUAAAAACAAGAUAUGGUGGUCAACUUCUUAUAGCCGUUGGACGGGACCCUAAUGAUCAAUACUUCCCUCUCGCAUUUGGAGUGUGUGAAAGUGAGACCAAAGAAUCAUGGAGGUGGUUUUUGAACUUGCUGUUGGAGGAUAUUGGACAAGAUAAAAGGUGGGUCUUUAUUUCCGAUCAACAAAAGGGUUUGAUUUCUGUUUUUAAAGAGCUAAAUGACAGUCUGGAGCAUAGGUUGUGUUUGAGGCAUCUUUAUGCUGACUUUAAGAAGAAGUUUGGAGGAGGAACUGCUAUGAGAGAUUUGAUGAUGACUGCGGCCAAAUCAACUUAUUAUAGAGGAUGGGAAGAACAAAUGGAAGCUAUAAAGAAGUUAGAUAUCAAAGCAUGGGAGUGGUUGCUAAGUGUCCCAACAAAAUUAUGGUGUAAGCAUGCUUUUUCUUCCUUUCCUAAAUGUGAUGUUUUGAUGAACAACCUUUCUGAAGCUUUUAAUAGUACUAUAUUGGUUGCUAGAGACAAACCAAUUGUGACCAUGUGUGAGUGGAUAAGGACCUACCUGAUGAGUAGAAUUGCUACACUAAGAGGUAAGUUGAAUAUGUGGCAACAUAGAGUAAUGCCAAAACCAAGAAAAAGAUUAGAUAGAGAGAUAGAACAUAGUGGAAACUGGCAGCCGACAUGGGCAACCGAUAGAACAUUUGAAGUGGAGCAUACUCAAUUGGUUCAUAGGUUUGUCGUUGAUUUACAAAAAUUCACGUGUACCUGCAACUCUUGGCAAUUAAUAGGAAUACCAUGUAGACAUGCCGUUGCCGGAAUGUCUUAUAGGGGUUACAACCCAGAGGAUUAUGUUAGUCAGUGUUACACACGGAAUAUGUAUGAAUUGUGCUAUAGUUACGGUAUAAGUCCUAUUAAUGGACAAUCUAUGUGGCCAAAUGUUGAGUGUGAGGUUAUGCUCACUCCCCGAUAUAAGAGGGGUCUUGGAAGGCCCAAAAAAUUGAGGAGGAGAGGACCGGACGAGGAUGAAAAUGCACCAAAAUUGAAGAGGGUUAAUACGCAUUACCGAUGCACAAAGUGUGACAAAUUGGGACACAAUUCACGAGGUUGCAAAAGUACAAUUGUGAGUUUAGCUGCUCAGAGAAAGCCCAAAAAAGGAAGCAGUGUUGACGGGGUCGGGGAAAUGUCAAAUGCUUGAGCAAUUUCAAAUCGGUGUGGCCAGCCAGCUGCAGAUGUUGAAUUUAUCAUGGAUUUUACUUUGAGUUUAAUUUUUUGGUGUUAUUAAAAUGUAACAGAUCUUAUUGAUUACUUAGCUCAACAUUUAUUUUGCUGGGAGUUUUGUUUGAUUUUGGUUUAGCCUUCUGGGCACACGUGAACGUUGAAAUUAUCAUUAUUUUUUAGUUUCAUUUUUUAAUAUAUUUCUUUGCUUUUCUAAUGUAACGGAGCUAAUGAAUUGAUUGAUUUAACUAUUAUUGUAUUGAGACUUUUUCUUGGUUGUAAGAGCACCGAUCUUAUAUUUAAGAAUCAAUCAAAGUGAAGGGUGACAUAGACGAAAAAAUUGUAAAAGAAAAUUAUAUUUAAAAAAAAUAUACGAAUAAAAAAAUAUACCGAUGUGAAACAAUAUUCAUUUCAUUUGUAGGGAUGAAAGUCUAUUUUAACGUUAACUUGCCUAGGUGUCAAAUGAUGUGGAAUUGAAUGAAAUUAAAUGUUUUCAUUAUGUUGACAUGGAAAAG